UCCGCUUCCGGUGUCUCCUACAACCAUGGCUGCUGCCGCUGUUCCCUCGGGCGCUGGGGAGCCCUCGUCUCCGGACGAAUUGCUCCCAAAAGGUGACGUAGAGAAGACUGAAGAAGAGCUGGAAGAGGACGACGACGACGAGCUAGAUGAGACCCUGUCGGAGAGACUAUGGGGUCUGACAGAGAUGUUCCCGGAGAGGGUCCGUUCCGCGGCCGGAGCCACUUUUGAUCUCUCCCUCUUUGUGGCUCAAAAAAUGUACAGGUUUUCCAGGGCAGCCUUAUGGAUUGGGACCACUUCCUUUAUGAUCCUGGUUCUUCCUGUUGUCUUUGAGACUGAGAAGUUGCAAAUGGAGCAACAGCAACAACUGCAGCAGCGGCAGAUACUUCUAGGGCCUAACACAGGGCUGUCUGGAGGAAUGCCAGGGGCUCUACCUUCACUUCCUGGGAAGAUCUAGAUUAUUACUACUAUGUUGGUGGGAGAAGUUCAUAAUUCAAUAGUAUUUGAACUGCUGAUUAUUUGGAUUUUUUUUUUAAACUUUGGUACAUUGAUCUAUCUAAACCUGGGGGUGGGGAAAUUCUCCCCACAUUGUCUCAUGGAUAGACUGUCAACUUGCAACCGUACCCUCCACGAUAUCCUGACUUAUAUUUUCUGUCCUCACUCUGAUAGCAGAGUGCAGCCAUUCAGAUGGUUAUUCCAACUCUGGCCACCUCACCCUUUGACUAAAUUGCUUCUAACUGGAA